AUGAUGGCCCAAACAUUUUCCUUCAUCUGUUCAACAGACGACGUCGUUCUUUCGUCAAAAUCUACCAUUGAGUUUACCAUCGCUCUCAAAGCCUCUCUUCUCAUAGUGUCUUGCAUCGGCUUAAACCCUAGCUCCGUCGCCUUCCCCGUUGCAAGAAUGAAGCUUGUCAGAUUUUUGAUGAAAUUGAACAAUGAGACUGUGUCUAUUGAACUGAAGAAUGGCACAGUAGUUCAUGGCACCAUUACAGGUGUUGAUAUCAGCAUGAACACACAUCUGAAGACUGUAAAGCUUACUCUUAAGGGAAAAAACCCAGUCACGAUGGAUCAUCUGAGUGUAAGAGGUAACAAUAUCCGCUAUUAUAUUCUUCCUGACAGCUUAAAUCUGGAGACGUUGCUGGUGGAAGAAACUCCAAAGGUCAAGCCCAAAAAACCAACUGCUGGGAAACCCUUGGGUCGUGGUCGAGGGCGUGGUCGUGGGCGUGGACGUGGUCGAGGCCGUUAG